UGGAGAGUGUAAACAGACGCGCGCAGUCAUGACCCGUGACUGUCAGUGAUGGAACACUGUUUCCUUGUACCAAAUUAAUGUUUCCCUCACUUCCACAGGGAUGCAUCACUUAAGCGGCUUUCGACAGGUUUAGGCGACCUGACUGCAUUAGGAAAUCCAGCAGAAAUUGAACCUAUUGAAUCGGCUGCAGGAGGAAGAGCCGCGGAGAAGCGCUAUGCCGCGGCGGAAGAGAAAUGCCGGCAGUAGCUCUGAAGGUACAGAGGAUUCAGACUUCUCGGCUGAGCACACAGACAGCUCAGAGAGUGACGUCCACACGGUGAGAAACACCCGCCUCACUCGCUCCUCUCUGAGACUCAGCCGCAACUCGCAAGAUUCCAGUCCUGUGGGGAGUCCGUCUGCCCCGGUUUCAGAGGAGGUGGUGAACUAUUCCACCCGUCGCGUGACUCGUAGUCAACAGCAGGGGGUGACAGUCUUGCCCAAGAAAUACCCCUUGCGGCAGAGUCGCUCUUCUGGCUCAGACACGGAGCAGCAUGGGGAAAUCUCAGAGAGGGAUAUUAAACAAAGUGCAGACCAUGAUGAGUCCCCACCCAGGACACCCACAGGCAACGCUCCUUCCUCUGAGUCUGACAUUGACAUGUCCAGUCCAAACGUGUCUCACGAUGAGAGUCUGGCGAAGGAGCUUUCGCUGAAAGAAUCCGGCCUUGCUCACCGGCCCAAACGACGGCGCUUUCACGAGAGCUACAACUUUAACAUGAAGUGCCCCACACCUGGUUGUAAUUCUCUUGGUAAUUGGAUUCCAGGACAUUUGACAGGGAAACAUGAAAGGCACUUUUCAAUAUCUGGAUGUCCACUGUACCAUAACCUUUCAGCAGACGAGUGUAAGGUGAAGGCAAGCUCUCGAGACAAACACGUGGAGGAGAGGACGCUGUCACAGCGGCAGGAUGAGAAUCGGCAUUCUGCUCGGCAGCAGGCUCAACUAGCACUCACAUUCUCUGAGUUACCGUCCCUCCAGGCCCAGACGGAGCGACAGCUGCGGUACAAAGAAAAGGUAACAGAGAUGAGGAGGAAGAGAAACACUGUUCCUCUUAAAGAGCAAAAAGACAAGUAUACAGAGCACAGACAGACCCAUGGCAGCAGUCGUGAGCCUCUGCUGGAAAACAUCACAAGUGACUAUGACCUGGAGCUGUUCAGAAAAGCCCAGGCACGUGCCUCGGAUGAUCUUGAGAAGCUCCGGCUGCAGGGACAGGUCACGGAGGGCGGCAACAUGAUAAAGUCCAUUGUGUUUGGCCGCUACGAGUUGGACACCUGGUACCACUCGCCGUACCCCGAAGAGUACGCCCGCCUCGGCCGUCUCUACAUGUGCGAGUUCUGUCUCAAAUACAUGAAGAGUCAAACCAUUCUGCGACGUCACAUGGCCAAAUGUGUGUGGAAACAUCCACCAGGUGAUGAGAUUUACAGAAAAGGAGCUAUAUCUGUUUUUGAAGUGGACGGCAAGAAGAACAAGAUUUAUUGCCAAAACCUGUGCCUGCUUGCCAAACUCUUCCUGGACCACAAAACUUUGUACUACGAUGUGGAGCCGUUCCUCUUCUAUGUGAUGACCGAAGCUGACAAUACCGGCUGCCAUCUUGUAGGAUAUUUCUCCAAGGAAAAGAAUUCAUUCCUGAACUACAAUGUCUCCUGCAUCCUGACCAUGCCACAGUAUAUGAGGCAGGGUUAUGGCAAGAUGCUGAUUGAUUUCAGUUAUUUGCUGUCCAAAGUAGAGGAGAAGGUUGGCUCCCCUGAACGGCCUCUCUCUGACCUGGGACUCAUCAGUUACAGGAGUUACUGGAAGGAAGUGCUCCUGCGCUACCUGCACAACUUCCAGGGCAAAGAGAUCUCCAUUAAAGAAAUCAGUCAAGAAACAGCUGUCAAUCCUGUAGACAUUGUCAGCACUUUACAGUCACUCCAGAUGCUGAAAUACUGGAAAGGGAAGCACCUGAUCUUAAAAAGACAGGAUCUGAUUGAUGAUUGGAAAACCAAAGAGGCAAAACGUGGAAGCAACAAGACUAUUGACCCUACGGCCUUGAAGUGGAGUCCACCUAAAGGAACCUAAAACAAUAAUCUGCAUGCUUUUCACUAUUUCUCAUAGCUUAGCAGGUCUUGGUCACUAUUAGAAUAGCUUAACACAUAGCAAAGUGUUUUCUUCGUUACAGUAAGUUACAAGUAAGGCUGUAAUCCUAACUGUGUCACAUGGUUCAGUUAGUACAUUUCGACUUACCUUAACUGUCCUAUUAGAGUACCAGUGUUUGAUACUCAAAUGGCAGUUGUUUUUACUGUUGUUUUUUAGUCAUCUACUGCAUCUCUUUGUUUUAGAGAAACGACUAUUUGACUGUUAAAUAUUUAUGUGAAAAACCAUUACAGUGUUUUUAACUAAUGGUUUUGUGAGCUAAAGAGCUUCUUGUUUCAUGUCUGAACCAGAUAUGUAUUCCCAGCCCUAUCUGACAUUAGCCAAAGUCAUUGCACUAAGUUAAAAGAAUAUUUUAUUAGCUUAAGUGAGACUAACUUGUAUUUUGAACCAGACACAUUGCAGUAAAUGUGUUAUAUUAACCCUUCAUCGUCAACUGUUAUUUUUUCUAAAAACUAAAACGUAAACUAUUAAGUGGAAGCUUGACUUAGUUUAUAGCAUGUCUUGGCUAUAUAUUGCAGCAGGUGUGUAAUUUGUGAGCAGUUGGAAUAUCUGAAAUUAGCUCAUAGAAAUACCACGAUGCAAACUCCACCUAGUGGAUUUAACACAGACUGUACUAUAAUAUGCCAGUAGCAUGUGUUGCACUUGAUUUUCUAUGUCUCUCCUCUGAAAUAAAUUGGGUUACUGUUUAAAACGAAGAUGUUUAGUGACUUAUUAGGGUAUAAAUGUUAAUAAACGAUGAAUUCAAACAUG